AUGCUUUCUAAAAUCUUCAUCUUUGCCCUCCUCCCUGCGGCCUCGCUCGCACAGGUUGUUGGCUCAGCGACCGGUUUCGCAAAGGGCGUGACUGGAGGUGGAACUGCUACCCCCGUCUACCCAACCACCAUUGCGGAGCUCAAGAGCUACUUGACCGACUCCUCCGCUCGUGUUAUCAUGCUGAACAAGGAGUUCAACUUUAUUGGCUCCGAGGGAAGUACCACUGAGAGUGGAUGCCGUCCAUCCAGCAACACCUGCCCCAACGACGGUGGCCAGGACGCGAUCAAUGGCGCAAACUGGUGCACCAGCGGUGGAUACCCCACUGUCUCGGUCACCUACGAUGUCGCUGGUACUGGCUACAUUGAUGUUAAGAGCAACAAGUCCAUUGUCGGAGUUGGCAGCGCUGGUGUCAUCCGUGGAAAGGGUCUCAGGGUCGCCAACGGCGAGACCAACGUCAUCAUCCAGAACGUGCACAUCACCGAGCUCAACCCCGAGUACAUCUGGGGAGGGGAUGCCAUCACCCUCGCCGGUACCGAUCUCAUCUGGAUCGACCACUGCAAGUUCUCGCUCAUCGGUCGCCAGAUGAUCGUCACGGGAUACGACCAAGCUGGGCGCCUCACCAUCUCCAACAACGAGUUCGACGGCCAGACCAGCUGGUCCGCGACCUGCAACGGAAACCACUACUGGACGAUGCUCUUCUAUGGUGCCAGUGACUUGGUUACCUUUGCGGGCAACUAUGUCCACGAUUGCUCAGGCCGUGCACCAAAGGUUGGUGGCUCAUCGGAGUCGAACAUCCUCUUCCAUGCUGUCAACAACUACUUCUACAACAUGCUUGGUCACUCGUUCGAUAUCGGGACUGGUGCGAAUGUCCUGAUUGAGGGUAACGUCUAUGAUGGUGUCACCACCCCGAUUACCACCGCGAGUGCCACUGCCGGGGGACAGAUCUUCAACGUUCCUUCCUCAUCGUACACCUCUAGCUGCACUGCGACCCUUGGACGUGCUUGUGUGGUUAACAGCGUCUCGAACAGUGGAUCCUUCGCAUCUUACACCAACACAAAGGCGCUGACCAACUUCUCAGGGAAGAAUGUGCAGGCUGCUACUGCUGCAUCGGGUGUGGCCUCAAGCGUCAAGUCGAACGCGGGUAUUGGAAAGAUCGGAAACUAA